ACAACACUCCUGCUACGAGGCUUCUGAGAGUCGCAGCCCUUCGCCAUGCAGUCUCUCCCUGACGCCCGAACGCAGUCGUUCGAGGAGCUCUAUGGCCCUCCCGAGAACUUCCUCGAGAUCGAAGUCUGCAACCCGAUGACCCACGGCAUGGGCCGCGGCAUGUAUACCACAUACGAGAUCCGGAUGAGCACAAACAUCCCCGCCUUCAAGCUCAAGUCGUCCUCGGUGCGCCGCCGCUACAGCGAGUUCGAAGCCUUCCGCGACAUCCUCGAGCGCGAAUCCGCCCGCGUCACCAUCCCUCCCCUACCGGGCAAGGUCAUCACAAGCCGCUUCUCAGACGAUGUGAUCGAGCACCGCCGCGAGGGCUUGCAACGCUUUCUCCAGAUAGUCGUUGGCCAUCCUCUCCUGCAAACGGGAUCGAAAGUGCUGGCCGCCUUCGUGCAGGAUCCAAACUGGGACCGUCACGCAUGGUAGACUCCUCGGGAUUGCAAUCUACUCCGACUUUCUUCUGCUUUGGUGUGCGCACUCCAGCCUCGGGUGAUCGCACGACCGCCACGCUCGGCAAAUAAGUACCGAACACAGGGUCUGGGAGACUACAAAUUGGGGACUGUGAUAAGGGGCGGUGUUUUCUGCUUUGGAGUUCCCCAUUGCUGGUGUUGGUCGAUUCUGGCUGGGAGGCUCCCACCCUUUCUAAUCCCUCGCCACUUGGCGCAAGUCCUUUGCCUCAACUGUUAUCUGAAGCAUUCUAAAUUAGCGGUUCCCUUGGUAUUCGAGUUCCUCCUCAGGUUGUACAAGACCCACGGGGUUGUUCUGCUCUCUCGCACUCAAAGAGAGAUCUGAAAGCUAGCGCUCUUGCAUCUGGCGUGGUUCUCCUGUACUUUCUAGUUUGCGUGAGGAUGAAUGAUAUGG